AUGAUUCUUUCUUUUUUUUUUUCUGCAAUCUAUAAAUUGAAAAGUGCUUUUAAAUUGUAUAAAAAUGAAUUCCUAUUAUCAUUUCUUUUAUUAUUUUAUGAAUUAUUUUUUUUAACAAUCGCACAAAGUGCACAUUUUGUUAUUACAAUACACAAUACAACAAAUUCAACAAUCAUAUUAUCAUCAAAUGAUAAUAAUCAAAAGAUAAUGAUUGCCAUUGAUAAAAGCAGCAUUAAUACUACAAUACCUGUACCAGUAAAACGAAAAAAUGAUAACAUUGGAUUAAUUAUCGAUGUAAUACCACUAAAAUAUAUGUAUAUUUAUGUUGGUGUAUUGUAUUUGAGUGUAAUAAUAAUAAUAAUAAUAUUGGAUGGUGCAUUACCACGAUUAUGCGGUAAAACUACAACAAUUACAUCAACCGGAAGCAUCGAUAUGUUACAUUCAGGUUAUGAGGAACCGUUACCUGUAAUACAUAAUAUUCCACCGGAAUAUGAAACAGUGUUACCACUACAUAAUAAUGGAUAA